GGGGCCCGGAGCUCCGAGGAGGCCGACCGCGUCCCCGCCCGGCCCGGCCCGCGCCUAUGCGGCACUUGAAGGAUGGCGAAGAGGUCGCGCAGUGAGGAUGAGGAUGAUGACCUUCAGUAUGCCGAUCAUGAUUAUGAAGUACCACAACAGAAAGGAUUGAAAAAACUCUGGAAUAGAGUGAAGUGGACAAGAGAUGAGGAUGAUAAAUUAAAGAAGUUGGUUGAACAACAUGGAACUGAUGAUUGGACUCUAAUUGCUAGUCAUCUUCAGAAUCGUUCUGACUUUCAGUGCCAGCAUCGAUGGCAGAAGGUUUUAAACCCGGAAUUGAUAAAGGGUCCUUGGACUAAAGAAGAAGAUCAGAGGGUUAUUGAAUUGGUUCAGAAAUAUGGACCAAAAAGAUGGUCUUUAAUUGCAAAACAUUUAAAAGGAAGAAUAGGCAAGCAGUGUAGAGAACGAUGGCAUAAUCAUCUGAACCCUGAGGUAAAGAAAUCUUCCUGGACAGAAGAAGAAGACAGAAUCAUCUAUGAAGCACAUAAGCGGUUGGGAAAUCGUUGGGCCGAAAUUGCCAAACUACUUCCUGGAAGGACUGAUAAUUCUAUCAAAAAUCAUUGGAAUUCUACUAUGCGAAGAAAAGUGGAACAGGAAGGCUACCUGCAAGAUGGAAUAAAAUCAGAACGAUCUUCAUCAAAACUCCAACACAAACCUUGUGCGACUAUGGACCAUUUGCAAACCCAGAAUCAGUUUUACAUACCUGUUCAGAUCCCUGGUUAUCAGUAUGUACCACCUGAAAGCAAUUGUGUUGAACAUGUUCAGACUCCUUCUGCCUUUAUUCAGCAACCUUUUGUUGAUGAAGAUCCUGAUAAAGAAAAGAAAAUAAAGGAACUGGAGUUGCUUCUUAUGUCAGCAGAGAAUGAAGUUAGAAGAAAGCGACUUCCUUCUCAACCUGGAAACUUUUCUAGCUGGUCUGGUAGUUUCCUCAUGGAUGAUAGUAUGGCCAACACUCUAAAUAAUCUUGAGGAGCAUGCUACUGAGUUUUAUGGUAUGGAUGAAAACCAGGCAGUUUCUGCACAGCACAAUUCACCGACCAAGUUCUUGGCUGUAGAGGCAAAUGCCGUGCUGUCUUCUCUACAGACCAUCCCAGAAUUCGCAGAGACCCUGGAACUCAUUGAAUCUGAUCCCGUAGCAUGGAGUGAUGUUACCAGUUUUGAUCUUUCUGAUGCUGCUGCUUCUCCUGCCAAGUCCACCCCAGUUAAGCUAAUGCGAAUUCAGCACAAUGAAGGAGCCAUGGAAUGUCAAUUUAAUGUCAGUCUUGUACUUGAAGGGAAAAAGAACAGUUGUAAUGGUGGAAACAGUGAGACUGUUCCUUUACCAUCCCCAAGUGUGGUCAAGUUUAGCACUCCACCAACCAUCCUCAGAAAGAAGAGAAGAAUGCGAGUGAGUCAGUCCCUAGGCAAUGAACUUGGUGAUAGCUCAUUCAGCGAUGGUGGUAAUGCAGUACUAAAACACACACCAGUGAAAACACUACCAUUUUCUCCUUCACAGUUUUUUAACACAUGUCCUGAAAAUGAACAACUUAAUAUGGAAAAUCCUUCAUUUACAUCAACCCCUGUUUGUGGGCAAAAAGUUUUCAUUACCACCCCUCUUCAGAAGGAAACAACUCCUAAAGAUCAAAAGGAAAAUGUAGGGUUUAGAACACCUACUAUAAGAAGAUCUUUAUUGGGUACCACACCAAGAACUCCAACCCCUUUUAAGAAUGCACUUGCUGCUCAAGAGAAAAAAUAUGGACCUCUUAAAAUUGUGUCCCAGCCACUUGCCUUCUUAGAAGAAGAUAUUCGAGAAGUUUUAAAAGAAGAAACUGGAACAGAUAUAUUUCUCAAAGAGGAAGAUGAAUCUUCUUACAAAAGCUGCAAGCAAGAGCAGAGUACUUCUGUGAAGAAAGUCAGAAAGUCUCUCGUCUUAGAUAACUGGGAAAAGGAAGAACCAGACACUCAACUAUUGUCUGAAGACAUUUCAGAUAUACAGUCAGAAAAUGCAACAUCUUUAUUAAUGAUACCAUUAUUGGAAAUACAUGACAAUAGGUGCAACUUGACACUCGAAAAACAAGAUAUAAAUUCAGCUAACAAAACAUAUACACUUACUAAAAAGAAACAAAACCCUAACACUUCUAAAGUUGUUGAAUUGGAAAAGACUCUUCAGUCAAAUUGUGAGUGGGAAACAGUGGUUUAUGGGAAGACAGAAGAUCAACUUAUAAUGACUGAACAAGCAAGAAGAUAUCUGAGUACUUACACGGCUACCAGCAGCACUUCAAGAGCUCUAAUACUGUAAUUGUUAUUAAAAGUGAUGGAAUUCCCCACUCCCUUACUGUAUUUUAUACCAAAUUAAGUGCAGUGAAAUUUUUCUCAAUUAAUUCUUUUUAGAAUUUUAAAAUACAUCCCUAAAACAGUUUGCUUAUUUUUCUAUAUUGGGUAGGUGAAAAGCUAAUAGGUCACUUAAGUAAGGGGUAGGUAAUUUCAUUGUUCAUUUUUUUUUUAAGAUGAGAUUUUGGAAAAUCAUUUUAAAGAAUAAAAUAGGGAAGUAAGAAUGUUUACAUAUAUUCCAAAAGGAUAUUUUCUUCACAAGAUAUAUGUUGCUACCUUCUUGAGGCUGCAGUUUUGUUAUAGACAGAUGUGUGAGUACCCGUUAUCUAUGAAAUUAGUGCAUGUAUGGGGAGCACAUGUGGUUUUAUGAAGUACUUUUGCCCAUGUGCUGAGGCACUUAGGCUACCAUUAUUAAAAAAAACACAGUGGAAAGGAAUCUAAACGAAGAUUUUUUUUU